GCAGCAUGCCAAGGCCGAAGCCCCGAUAUGGCACCAGUGAGAGCCUAGCAGAGCGGACGUAAGGUGGUCCAUACACUUUGAAAAGAAACCAACUCUCUUCUCGAUUCAACGUAACUUAUAAGGUGGUGUGUUGCAGGUGGCGGCGACAAAUUACAGGUAUCCCUCGAAGUGAGCCUCAUCAGCAUGGGGUCCACUGCCAACAAUAUCACCACAGAGGAGAACACAACGCGGGCGCCCGGCGAGGAGCACGACGACAGCCUGGACGACGGCAGUGAUGGGGAAGCCUGGGUGUUCUAUCGGGAGAGGAAAGAGUGGGCCGACAUCACCCCAGUGCCACAGGAUGAUGGGCCACAUGCUGUUGUCAAGAUUGCCUACACUGAUCCCUUUACAGAUGUGUACGACUACCUGCGGGCCGUGGUGGUGAAGGGGGAGCUGUCUGAGCGAGCACUGUACCUCACUGAAGAUGCCAUUAACAUGAACGCUGCCAACUACACGGUGUGGCAGUACAGAAGGAAAAUUUUGAGGCAUCUCGGCAGUGACUUAGAACAGGAACUAAACUUUUGUCGGGAAAUGAUAGAAAUGAACCCAAAGAAUUAUCAAGUCUGGCACCACCGGCGGGUGAUAGUGGAGUGGCUGGGUGAUGGCAGCAAGGAGCUCAAGCUGACAGAGAUCAUCUUCAGUCAGGAUGCCAAGAAUUACCAUGCUUGGGAGCACCGCCAGUGGGCACUCAAGACUUUCAAGUUAUAUGACAGAGAACUGGACUACGUUGACCUUCUGCUGGAGGAGGAUGUAAGGAAUAACUCAGCCUGGAACCAGAGACACUUCACCAUCAGCCAGACGACAGGCUUCACUAAGGAAGUGAUCCAGCGUGAAGUGGAAUACACAAAGGCUGCCAUCGCCAAGGUGGUCGACAACGAGAGUCCCUGGAGCUACCUCAGAGGGGUGGUGCAGCACUGUGAGGGCAGCCUGGCCAGUGUAGGGGACCUAUGGGAGUGGUGCCAGAAGAUGCAUGAUGAGGGGCAGUGUUCGCCACACCUCCUCACCUUCAUGCUGGACCUCAUGGAAGACCGAAUGGAACGACAGCCAGACCUGCGGCCCACGCUACUCAAACGCUGCCUUGAGAUCUGCGAGUCCCUGGCAACGAAAUACGACAGAAUUCGGAGAGAGUAUUGGAGGUACAUUGAGAGAAAUUUAAGUCACAGGUUUGGUGCGUGAGUGAGGUGAAAGAUUAACAAAUAUUUAUGUAUCAAAGAUAUAACAAAAACACUUGAACACACAGAUACCACCAACAGGUUUACAGUAUUUUUUGUAUCUUCAUUAAAAUACAGGAAUUCCAUUAUUUCUAUGCCACAUAAUUUAGGAUUUCACAGUUACUAUUAUAACUUAAAGGGAGACAAACCAAAUCAGAUCAGAUUGGGUUCUCCACAAGCCCUGACUGGAAUGUAACACACAGAUGGACCAGUUAUCUAGGCACUGAUGCUGAAGGCUUGCUGUGCCCUCAUGUGGGAAGCUGUGUUGCAGAGAUACAUAUCUAUACUUAGUUGUUAGUCAAGGCGUCUAGUAUUUCUACAUCUUCUAAUGCAUGCACAUUACACUGUUGUAUGACAUGGUGGAGUGGAAAGUAUUAGCUUGAGUGUUCAGGAGGCAGAUGCUGUAUGUGACCAACACCAGAUGUGUGCGCCUCCUGGUCAUGUGAUCUUUACCUCCAGUGUUAAGGACACUUGUAGGAUUGUUUCAUACUCUGGAAAUAGCAACAGAUUAUUCUCAGAUUGAAAUGUGUAAUUACUUGUAAAAGUUCUCUUUUGUAGUGCAAUUCAAUGCAGUUCUCACAGUGAGUGAAUUGUGUGUUAAGUAAUUUUAUCACAAUGUUUAGCCUCACUACAUUCUAGUCACAGUCCUGUAUCCUGUAAGUUUUAUUUUAUUAUUUUUUUUAAUCACAGAACUCCUCAGAUAGCUUCACUGAUGUACUUGCAUCAACAGCUAAUCAGGUGAAAGGGGGUAAACCCAACCAGGAAAGAGGUUGUGCCUUUUAAGUGUAGAUUUACCUUUGUAAUUUGAAUGGACUAUGGAAGUACUGAUAGUUGUGUGUGUGUAUGUGUGUGUGUGUGUGUGUCUCAAGGAAGUAUCUAGGUUUUCUUUCUUUUACCUAAAUUUCUUUUAUCUUUCAUUCUCUUUCAUCCUUUCACUGAUAUUGUUAUGACUCUCUCUCUCUCUCUCAGUUGGUCAUCAUAGCUUCUACAAUACUGCCUCUCUCUGCAGUAGUGCAUGUUUUGCAUUAGUGUGCUAUCCCACCAUCUUUACACACACACACAUACACACACUGCACAAAACUGGAUUGAUAACAGUGAAUGUUGGGCCAAACAGAGGUGGUGGAUUUACAUUAAUGAACUAAAUCUUUCUUACUGUAUGAACUUCAUGGUUUACAACCUGAAAUCAGCAAGUCUGAAUUUAUGCAUUAUGUCAUUAUGCCAUUAAAAUUGUUGUGAAUGCAUGAGUGUAAUAGAACACUGGAAAUGAUAAAAAAAAAAAACUAUCUAUAAAGUUGUAUGGAGGGGGAAGGCAAGGCAAGGAAUGGAAGGUCUGGUAACAAAGACAAAGGUUUGUCUUUAAUUUCCAGAUUUAAGAUCUCAAACCUAAGGUGACACAAGAGACUGGAAAUUAUUCUUUCUCUGCAGCCAAAGUUUAAGUAUUUUCUUAUAAAGCAUUUUAAAUAAUAAUCAGUUCCAGCAGUAGCAUGUUACGUGAAAAUACUAAUUGCUAUACCUAACAAGAAAUGGCUCAAGUUCAUGUAUCACUAGCCAGGCUUCAACUUUAUAUAGUGCUGCUAUUUUAUGAUUUUGUGGAAUCUGGAAAAAUUUGAAUUAUCACCAGUCAACACUAAACUACCAUAAAGUGUAAGUAUCCAGAACAAAUCAUGUACAAUAAAAUGUAAUAAAAGUAAAA